CCACAACAGCAUCUGUCUUCAUUGAGCUGCUAAUGAGGGAGUCUGAAAACGAUGCGCCAAAGCUGUGAACCAGACCCAGCAACAUGAGCACCGCCAUCAGAUCAUCGCCAUGGAAUUCACAGGCGGGGCUUCUGAGUUGUGUGUCCUAAACACAGUAAGAGGGCAAACAAAAUAAGCGCUGAGCGUGCGCCUGCGGUAGCAGCUACCGGCUUCUUUGCUGUGCUGCAGAGUGGGGCGCGUGACGUCAGCGCUGGAGCAGCUCCUUGGAGAAAAAAUGGAGAGAUAUUUGCGAGGGAAUAGUGAAGGAAGUCCAGUGAUCAGCAGCCAUUAACAAAACCUGGCACAUGUGAAAUUAAUGUAUUAAUUUCAGAAUCCCCACUUUGUUUUUUUGUUCUCCUCGCUGGCAAUGCUGGUUCAGCAUGAGGGCACCAGCCUCAGUUUCCCCUCCCCCAGUGCCGAGCUGCAGGGCGCCAAGAUGAGAGGAGCUCUGUUCCCUUUGGAAAGCGCGCAGACCUGCCGGCGCCGCGGAUGGUCAUGAGCGAGGAAUGGCCUCUCUGGACCUGCCUUACCGCUGUCCGCGUUGCGGGGAACACAAGCGUUUCCGGAGCCUGUCGUCCCUGAGGGCCCACCUGGAGUACAACCACACCUACGAGACCCUGUACGUCCUCUCCAAAUCCAACAGCGUUUGCGACGCCACCCUCGUGCCCUUGGUGACGGACGGUCCCCUGUUGAGCCCGGUGGGGGGCCGUAAAGACGUGUUCGAGAGCACCUCCUUCAGUGCCAAGGAGCACCGGUACCCCUACGACUUGCCAUGUCCUGAGGACUUGGGCCUGACCCCAGCUGCCGCCCGUUACAUCCCCAAUGUAGAGAUCCCCCUGAGCGAGAUAUUCAUCAAGAAAGGCAUGACCUCCACCGCCCCCACCACCCCCACGUCCUCCGCGGUCGCCGCCGCGGCCACAGCGGCCGCCAGCGCGGUGGAAGCGGCCUACGAAGAGGGGCUGGCCCGGCUGAAGGUGCGGGCCUUCGAGAAGCUGGAGCUGGACGAGCGGCUGGAGAAGCUCUCCGAGGAGGUGGAGCAGAAGAUAGCGGCCCGCGUGGGGCGGCUGCAGGUGGAGCUGGAGAAGAAGAGCUCGGAGCUGGAGAAGGCCAAGCAGGAGAGCGUGCGGCUCAGCCAGGAGAAGCAGGACCUGGAGGACAAGGCCUCGGAGCUGUCCCGCCAGGUGGACGUCUCGGUGGAGAUGCUCGCCACCCUGAAGCAGGACCUGGUCAACAAGGAGCAGGAGCUCAGCCGCAAGCAGCAGGAGGUGGCUCAGAUCGACCAGUUUCUGCAGGAGACGGCAGCACGGGAGGCCAACGCCAAGGUGCGUUUGCAGCAGUUCAUCGAGGAGCUCCUGGACCGUGCCGACCGCGCAGAGAAGCAGCUCCAGAUCAUCAGCAGCUGUGGUACCACGCCCAACGGCAGCCUGAGCCACUGCAGUAUGCCUGGCUCCAAGAGCACUGGGCGGCAGAGAGAGAGAAACUCCAGCACUUCGGCUGUUUCAAGAGGAGUGUAUCAAGUGUCAGAUCGACGCUCUUCUCCGAGCACUGGGGCCUCCAGCCGGGUGAAGACGGUGUCCCAGGGCUCAGGGGGCUACGACAGCGACAGCGUUGAGAUGCACCCCCUGGAAGAGUGUCCCGAAGCCCAGUACUACCACGUGCAGUGCCGCUCGGGAGAGCUGGCCUACGAGCGGGCGGGGGCGUCUCGCAGCUGGGGGCUCAGGAAGCAGGCCAUCCAGAACUGGCAGCGGCGGCCCUACCGCAACAGCACGGAGGGGGAGGAGGGCGACGUGUCCGAUGUGGGCUCCCGGACCACCGAGUCGGAGGUCGAGGUGUGGGAGCAGGAGCGCAGGGCCUCCUCCGACACCCAGCAGUCCAACUCCCACAAGGCCAGCGGAGGAUACCGACUGGGGACAGGCCGCUCAGAGACUGGGUACAAGCCAUGCCGACAUGAGAAAAGCAGCCCUUCAAAGUCAAAUGAGGUCAUCAGCCCCGAGAUUCUGAAAAUGAGAGCAGCUCUGUUCUGCAUCUUUACCUACCUGGACACCAAGACCCUCCUGAGGGCUGCUGAGGUGUGCAGGGACUGGAAAUUUGUUGCUCGUCAUCCUGCGGUGUGGACCAGAGUGCUGCUGGAGAAUGCCAGGAUAUCGUCGAAGUUCAUGACCACGCUGGCUCAGUGGUGCACGCAGACACACUCCCUCAUCCUGCAGAACCUGAAGCCGCGGCCCAGGGGGAAGAAGGAAACCAAGGAGGAGUAUCUGAAAAGCACACGGGGCUGUCUGGAGGUGGGGCUGGAGGCGCUCCUGAAGGCAGCGGCAGGAAACCUGCUGAUCCUCAAGGUGUCUCACUGCCCCAACAUCCUGACAGACCGCUCCCUCUGGUUGGCCAGCUGCUACUGCCGCGCCCUGCAGGCCGUAACCUACAGGAGUGCCACAGAUCCUGUUGGCCAGGAAGUGAUCUGGGCACUUGGAGCAGGCUGCAGAGACAUCAUCUCCCUCCAGGUGGCGCCACUUCAUCCAUGUCAACAGCCAGCUCGGUUUAGUAACCGCUGCCUGCAGACCAUUGGACGAUGCUGGCCACACCUCCGUGCCCUGGGCGUGGGCGGGGCUGGAUGCGGCAUUCAGGGCCUGGCAUCACUAGCCCGGAACUGCAUGCGCCUGCAGGUGCUGGAGCUGGACCACGUGAGUGAGGUCAACCAGGAGGUGGCGGCGGAGGUGUGCCGAGAGGGGCUGAAGGGCCUGGAGAUGCUGGUCCUCACCUCCACCCCCGUCACGCCCAAAGCUCUGCUGCACUUCAACAGUGUUUGUUGCAACCUAAAGUCGAUUGUGGUGCAGAUUGGGAUAGUGGAUUAUUUUGAAGACCCCAAUAGCCCAGAAGCCAGGAAGCUUUUUGAUGAGAUGGUGAACAAACUACAAGCCCUAAAGAAGAGACCUGGGUUUUCAAAGAUCCUGCACAUAAAAGCAGACAGCGUUUGCUAACCUCCCCGCGGGUGCCAACAAGGCACAGUUUACCUCAGAAAAGAGACACAAUCUGAACAGCCUUUUUCGCCACUUUCCACCAACAGAAAGGAUGAAACAAGCCAACAAAAACAUAAAAUAAACACAGAUCAAACAAACGAAAAAUGACAGAAGCACGGUCAAACCGAUUCUCUCAAACUGGAGGCACAUGGGCUAUAACAUUGUAAAGCAGCCGUUUAUAUAAACAUGUACUUUAUAAACAAGACGAACAAAAAAACGAGAAAUGAAAAACGCAGCCCUCCACUGGUGUUGAUGCUGGCACUGUGAUCGAGGAGUGAAGAAAGCAGAGACACAAGCAUUUUUUUUGUCUUGUUUUCGGCUGUCUCUUUUGAAUGGGUGGAAAACUCUUUCGGACGCAAGACAACAGCUGGACGAGAUCGUUCCUGUGUAUCCCGAGGAGGGAGUGUAGCCCCCGUUGUGACCCCUGCAUCUUGCCAAACAGACGGGCGCAAGAAGACAUUUUGUUUCUCAAUAGCACAGAGCAAGCCAGCUAAACUUUUCCAGGAACUUUUCUAUAAGAUUGUAGGAUAUAGGAUGAAUCUCGCCGUGCUUUUUAAGGAUAUGAUACUCGCAGAGCACAUACAAAAAGGACCAGAGAAGCUGCAUUGAUUUGAGCCCUUUUACACUGGAUUUCUUCCAAACAAUUUAGUUACGUUCGAGCAGUAUCAGCUAAUACAGCAUCCAGAGCACAGGAAUCUCCAUGCUAAUUCCAUACUACUUUGAUUAAAAAAGAUACCACUUUUAAGUCCUGCAAAACUAUUACUAAUUUCCCAAAGCCUCUGCCUCAAUGGCUAACAAAAGUACAAUUAAAUACACUGUGUAAGUGACAAGUGUGUGUGUGUCUUGUGUUAUACAGUUUUCAAGGCUAUUUUGAAAAUAACCUUCCAGAGCAGAAAAAUGGCUUCAAUGAAAUUGUUACUACUGCAAUGAAGUGCUUCCUAACAGUCUAAUAGAGGUUCAGAGGUCAGAAGGAAGCAGGAAUUCAUAUUUGCAAUGUUUUCGGUGCCUCUUCCAGUUAUGGAGAAAUAGUCACACUGGAAGGGUUCACCUGAUGUCAAAUAGGUGUCACCUAAUUAAAAAAAACAGCAAUAAUAAUGUUAAAACUGAAUGGCAUGAUAAAAGCAGUAGUAAUCAUUACAGAAAGAUGGUCAAAAAUAACACUAUUUAAUAGUUCUGUCGCUGGAAUCGGGGAAAUAAAUCCAAACUUUUCUUUAAUCUCAGAUUCUAUUCAAUUCAGAGAAAGACAAAAUGUGCUCAACUGUGGGAAGUGUUUUUCAGGGCCCUUUGUAAGCAUUUUCAAAUUUACCUACUGUAAUUUGGUAGCAAAGCAAUAGGCCGUUAGAACAGUAAAAAUGAUGACCUACUGUAUGAGAGAAUGGAGGAGUUUUAAAAUAGCUACCUCCACUUAAUAUCCACAGAUAUCAUUUAGCAGUGCUGAAUACUGUAUAUGACACAUGGACACACACACGUCUGUUCAUUAACAAAACACCAGCUUGGAAAUAAUUAGACUUGAACUUUGUAAUCUUACUGAAGAGCCAGAAUCCCCAGUGGUCUACUCUUGUGUUCCUCUUUUAAAUUGCAGAUGACCUCUUCUCCUGUCCCUCUCCAAGCCUGUCAACUCCAUGGAGCACCGUAACGAAGAGAGCCGUGUCUUGCAUUCAGGAACGUCAGAGUCGGGCGUUUGCAAGGAGGGUCUUUAGACUCCCUGUCAGACCUGAAGUUGAUGUGUUCUUUUUCUGUUGUCAGCAGUACAGUCUUUCCAAGCCCCCCUCUCCAAGAAGUGACUCGCUCUUCAGACCAGACGCAGGAGCUCCAGGGAAGGGGGCAAGGAGAGUCAGCUGCUAUUCCAUACGCAAAAAAGUAUUUUCAUGGCCUUGGGCGACAUGCUGGUUUCUUAAUGACAGUGGUCGUGUUGUUAAAACAUUCGUUCUAAGAUCUUUCGUUCACAUUGGGGGUUGCAAACAAAACAGUACUGAUGCCAUAAACCUUAUUGCAUUGCCAUUGACAAUUUUUUUUUUAAUAUCCUAUGUUAUUUUAGUUACAUGACAGGAAACUCAAGGCAAUAAAACUGCAUAAUUUUCAUAUAUAUUCCAUGUAUCUAUAGUUCAGAAUGGGUAUCUUAUGUGAUACAAAAAGUACUGUAUGCCAUGACUGAAGUCAAUAGAACUCUGUUAUUGAAACAUUUUAAAAGGCAUUCAUGAAAUAUGCAGGUAUUUGUGAAAGAAAAACACGUGGAAGUGGAAAAUCUAUGGUGCUAAUCAAAUAGUUACGUACCGCAACACAACCCAUCUGUGGACAACGUCAUCUGUGCACAGACUGUAUGCAAUUUUUUAUGAUAUUAUGUAUUUCUGAGUGUAGAAGUACUUUUUAUUAUGGACUAUGCAUUACAGGUACCUAAAUGAAGCAAAAAAAAGAAACACAAAUGUUGCCGGAUAGCUUAAAUCAGUCAGAUCUGCUUUAAUUAAGCGAUUUGCAACCCCUACAUGAUGAAAUGGAUCACAGCUCGCAGUGUGCUACAGAGCCCUUUGCAGCUCAGUAUAAUCUCUCCUCGGCCAACCAUGCUCUGUGCGUGCACGUGUUGCCAGAAGUCUCUUCUGGUUCGAGUUAAAGGCAAUCCGAUGAGUUUUGCAGUAUUGUUGUUUUUGGAAUGGGUCAGGCUCCAUAUGCUAGAUGAUUGUUUUACAAUGCCAGCUGAAUAUCCCGAUUGCCUUAGUUCAUAUUUCAUAAAUGCUGAAUAAUUAACUGCGAUUAUAAUGCACUUUACAUCCCAAAAUGCUUUACAUAUACUUUAGUGGUGGAACCAGGUCAUCUAACCCUACCCUUAAGAGUGGUGCUCUGGGAUUUUAAUGACCAAAUAGAGAGGAUCUUGGUUUGUAGUCUCAUUGGAAGGACGACAGCGCCCACAGAAUGGUGUCUAGUCACCAUACUGGGGCACAGCUUUUAGAAGUUUUGGUCCAGAGAGAAAAAAAACAUGUGAAGGAACAUCACAUAUUCAGACAUAUUCAUGUCUUUGCAAUAUGAGGAGAAAAAGGACCACCUAGAGGAAACUGACAGGAACACAGGGAGAGCACAGAAACUCCAUACAGACAGCACCCCAGGUCCAGAACUGACCCCAGGGCCCCAGUGC